CAGCCGAACGGCCGCCUUCCAGACGCCACAGCCUCACUGAAAAGGGCUGGAUUUUGAUGAAUGUCAUAGACUCUAGGAAGCUUGGAAGGGGCGCGAAGGCAGCUGGAGUCCUCUGGCUGGAUCCAGGGCUAGCAAGACCAUUUCCCGGAAGUUCACAGCCGCUAGGGGAUCGCCGGCGGCCAGGGUCCUCCAGAGUGGGCGAGAGCGGCGUCUCUAUGAUCAAGGAGCCAUCGAGCGGGCCUCUCUGUCCGCCCAGUCAGACUGCGCAUGAGCGGUAGCGGUGGCCUCGGGAAGAUGGCGGAGGACGGGGAGAGAAAAAAGAUCCCUUUGGUUCCGGAAAACCUCCUGAAAAAGAGGAAGGCGUAUCAGGCUCUGAAAGCAACCCAGGCAAAGCAGGCCCUUUUGGCGAAGAGGGAGGGGAAAACAAAAGAAUUCAGGUUUAAGCGACUGGAAUCAUUCGUACAUGAUUCCUGGCGGCAGCAGCGCGACAAGGUGCGUGUCCGGCGACUAGAAGUGAAACCUCGUGCAUUGGAAGUACCUGAUAAACAUUCCUUGGCCUUCGUUAUACGCAUGGAAAGGACAGAAGGAGUGAGUCUGUUGGUACAGAAGACCAUAGCAAAACUUGGCCUGAAGAAGUUGUUCAGUGGUGUCUUUGUCCAUGUCACCCCUCAGAGUGUGAAAAUGCUGUGCACAGUGGAGCCUUACGUGACCUGGGGAUUUCCAAAUCUGAAGUCUGUCCGGGAACUCAUCUUGAAACGUGGCCAAGCAAGGAUUAACAAUAAGACUGUCGCUCUGACAGACAACACAGUGAUUGAGGAGCACCUGGGGAGAUUUGGUGUCAUUUGCCUGGAAGACCUCAUCCAUGAAAUUGCCUUCCCGGGCGAGCAUUUCCAGGAGAUCUCCUCAUUCUUGUGCCCUUUCCACCUCUCCGUGGCCCGGCAUGCUACCAAGAACAGAGUGGGGUUCCUCAAGGAGAUGGGUUCUCCUGGCUAUCGGGGUGAACGCAUCAACCAGCUCAUCCGCCAGCUGAACUAGACUGGGACCAGGAUUCCCAAAGACACGGUGCACUGGAAGAGUGCUUUUGUAUCUCAGUAUCUUCAGAGAAGAUGAUUUCUGCCUUCACACUGGAAGGAAGAGGCUGGGAGAAAGACUCGGGUCCGAGCAUUGUGAACCUCACCACAGCCCAGUUCCAUGGAAAGUGGCUGCCCUGCUUCGUCCUGCCUGGUGUCUUGGUGUUUAGUGUUGGGUGGGCACAAAGUCCAAACACCCUUCCCACCGCUUCAAGACUAAAGCAAUGGACCAGACCAGGGCCAUACUUGAGUUUGGAAGAAAAGAGUCUUGGUUUUUACUUUUUA